GCUCUCUUUGGAACAUCUCACAAGCAAACAGUUCCGUUAGCAUUCUUCUUUCUUCUCCUUGUCCGGCGUCUUUCUCUGCAUUCUGCUUCACAGAUCACCAUGAAAGUUCCUUCAUCUGAAACCCAAGAGCAAAAGCACAAGGAUGCAAAAAGCUCGUAUUUUGAUUUACCUGCUUUGGAUGUUUCUGUUGCAUUUCCCCAAGCAACUCCAGCUUCAAAGUUUCCUCCGUGCACAUCUGACUAUUAUCAGUUUGAUGAUCUACUCACUCCCGCUGAGCAAAGUGUCAGAAUGAGAGUGAGAGAAUGCAUGGAAAGAGAUGUAGCACCUUUAAUGGCAAAGUAUUGGGAAAAGGCUGAGUUUCCAUUUGAAGUGAUUCCAAAACUUGGUGCUUUAGGAGUUGCUGGUGGCACCAUCAAGGGGUAUGGCUGUCCUGGACUCUCUGUGACUGCAAGUGCCAUUGCUACGGCAGAAGUUUCUAGAGUUGAUGCCAGCUGCUCAACUUUCAUUCUGGUUCAUUCUUCAUUAGCUAUGCUAACCAUUGGACUUUGUGGGUCAGAGAUACAAAAGCAAAAGUAUUUACCAUCAUUGGCCAAGCUUGACACUAUUGGUUGUUGGGGUCUUACAGAACCGGAGUAUGGGAGUGAUGCAAGUUCAUUGAAAACAAUUGCAACAAAGGUUGAAGGAGGUUGGAUCAUUGAAGGCCAAAAACGGUGGAUUGGAAACAGUACUUUUGCAGAUAUACUUGUCAUUUUUGCUAGAAAUGCCAGUACAAACCAGAUAAAUGGAUUCAUAGUAAAGAAGAACGUACCAGGAUUGCAAGCUACAAAAAUGGAAAAUAAAAUUGGCCUGAGGAUAGUUCAGAAUGGAGAUAUUCUCCUUAACAAAGUUUUUGUACCAGAUGAGGACAGGUUACCUGGCGUUAAUUCUUUCCAGGAUACGAGUAAGGUUCUUGCUGUUUCACGUGUUAUGGUGGCCUGGCAACCUAUUGGCAUUUCGAUGGGUGUUUAUGAUGUUUGCCACAGGUACUUGAAAGAGAGGAAGCAGUUUGGCGCUCCUCUGGCAGCUUUCCAGAUCAACCAACAGAAACUGGUCCAGAUGCUGUCAAACAUUCAAGCAAUGCUUCUUGUUGGGUGGCGGCUUUGCAAGCUGUACGAGAGUGGUAAAAUGACUCCUGGCCAUGCGAGCAUGGGGAAAUCCUGGAUUACACUGAAGGCAAGGGAGACUGUUUCACUUGGCCGGGAAUUACUAGGAGGCAAUGGCAUCUUGACUGACUUUCUAGUAGCAAAGGCGUUUUGCGACUUGGAGCCAAUCUACACGUACGAAGGAACCUACGACAUCAACACCCUAGUAACAGGCAGAGAAAUCACUGGUAUUGCAAGCUUUAAGCCUCCUGCUGCUGCUUUGAGUAAAAGGAGUCGCCUAUAAUCAACUCUUCUUCAUUAAUAAUCCUAGUGUGUGGUUGACUGGUUGGUAGUCCCAUUGUGAACUCUGUUGAAUAGGGAAGGUAAAACAUUUACAUUUGCACAAGCUGAAACAAUAAAGUGCAAAAUUACAAUUUUUUAUUUUAUUUU